AUGGAGGAGAUUCUCUCUUCCACCACCCUGGCAAUGCAGGACAAAAUGGUUGGCUGUGGGACAGACAAGGCUUCCCCAAGCUGGGGGUUUCAGGACAUCAACUGCGAAAUUCAGCAAGAUGCUUGGAGACAGUAUCAUGGUCGAGUGAGAUGUGGCUGUGCCUCUUAUUUGUCCCCUUGUAAAGUGUUUCCAGCUUUUCAGCUGGAGCACAAGAAGUGGGAUGCUAUGAGAAGAACGUUUGUAUCUGCUUUCACCGUGCUGUGCGGAGCCCGGACCGACCUCCCCGACAGGCACAUGUGUUGCGUCUUCUGGCUGAACAUUGCUGCUGCUCUGAUUCAGAUCCUGACAGCGAUCGUGAUGGUUGGCUGGAUUAUGAGUAUAUUUUGGGGGAUGGACAUGGUCAUUCUCGCAACUGCAAAUACCCAGCCGCCCUUGGCGGUGGCAGGGCAGCGCUGCCGCACCGUGCUCUCCUCGAACCCCUCGUCACGGCUGCGGGGAUGA